AUGAAGCUGAAUCUGGUGCAGAUCUUUUUCAUGUUGCUGAUGCUGAUGCUGGGCCUGGGGAUGGGCCUGGGGCUGGGGCUUCAAAUGGCUGCAGCAGUCUUGGAGGAGAGUGAUCAACCGCUCAAUGAAUUUUGGUCCAGUGACUCACAGGACGAAACUGAGGCCACUGAGGAGGGAGAGGGCACCCAAACCACAGAAACGCUGGUACUUGGCAACAAAGAAGUGGUGCAACCUGGCUGGCCGGAAGAUCCCAUCCUCAAUGAAGAUGAAGUUGGAGGAAACAAGAUGCUCAGAGCCUCAGCUCUCUUUCAGAGCAACAAAGACUAUCUUAGGCUUGACCAGACAGAUAGAGAAUGCAAUGAAAUGAUGGCACACAAGAUGAAGGAGCCCAAUCAGAGUUGCAUAGCCCAGUAUGCAUUCAUCCACGAGGAUCUAAAGACAGUCAAAGCUGUCUGUAACAGUCCUGUCAUUGCCUGUGAGCUCAAGGGGGGAAAAUGUCACAAAAGCUCCCGACCUUUUGAUUUGACAUUGUGCGAGCUGUCCAAACCAGACCAGGUCACUCCUAACUGCAAUUACCUAACUUCUGUUAUAAAAAAGCACAUUAUUAUAACCUGUAAUGACGUGAAACUCCAGUUACCAACUGGAUAAUGAAGCAACUCAUCAUCUUUUUACUCUUCACCUUCUCCUGUUCCUCUUCCUUUUUUACUUCUUCUUUCGCAUGUAGUUCUCCUGGUCUUAGGUAUUAUGCAGAUGUAAUUCUUCCUUGCCUUGUGAGUCACCCAACUUGCAUUUUGUUUCUAGGAUUACAGAUGGUAGAAUAAGGUGAUGAUGCCUCGUUUCUCUCAGCUCUCCGUCUCUCCUUUCCCUUACCCUGGAAAGGAGUAAGUGAAGAGCUGCUGUAGUCCCUACUGUAGUCCUGGCCAUCAAUUUGUCUCCUUUUCUAAGUUUGUCUCUGGAUGUGGACUGGAAGAGUUUAGUGUAUCCUUUACCCAUGUUCUUCCCUGCUACCCACCCUGAGCCUCUACAACAAUCACAUAACACUCUUGGGUUUUGCACAAUUGCACUUCUGUGUUGUGGAUGCAGUUAAAGUGAUUCUAUCCGUGACGGCUUCUGGAGGACCAUGUGGAUCAGGCUUCCUUUUCUGAGCUGGCAAAAAUGUAGGGACUAGGUUUGGGGGUCUGCUGGGGAGGUGGUGUGCUGCUGUAGACCAAGAUAGAACAUGGGCUGGAGCAAGGAUAGAACUCUUUUUUCUUGACCCUUCACUGCCCUUUUCUCUUUCUUCCCAUCUUUUACUACCAGCCUCCUUGCUUUGCUUCUUGUUUUUAUCU